AUGAACGGACAGUCUCAGCAUCCUUCAGCAGUAUCCGGUAACAAGGAGCACAAGUUCAAUCCGAAUUUUACAGAUGCGGUCAUCAAUGCAACGGGACCCAAAGCCUCGCCGAGGGUCAGACAGCUCACUGCGGGGUUGAUCCGCCAUCUACAUGAUUUUGCGAGAGAAAAUGAACUCACAGUGGAUGAGUGGAUGGUGGGCGUGGAGUUGAUGAAUGAAGCAGGACGCAUGUCUGACUCCAAACGCAAUGAAGGCCAACUUCUCUGCGAUGUACUUGGACUUGAAUCGCUCGUUGAUGAGAUAACGUACAAGCUCGCUUCGGCCGCUGCUGAUGAGCCCACUGCGACCGCCAUCUUAGGCCCUUUUUAUCGAGCACAUGCGCCGGAAAUGCCUAUGGGAUCCUGUAUUGUGGACAAAGGAACAAACGAGCAAGGUGAUCGGACAUGGAUGCACGGAACAGUCACCGAUUUCAGAACCGGAGCGCCGAUUGAAGGCGCCGUAAUCGAUGUUUGGCACACGGCGCCGAAUGGCCUGUAUGAACAGCAGGACCCCAAUCAGCCAGAUAUGAACCUCAGGGGCAGGUUCACAACUGGAAAGGAUGGAGCGUACAACUUUUACUGUUUGAGGCCGGUGCCUUAUCCUAUUCCUUUCGACGGCCCGGCAGGAAAGGUGCUGCAAGCACUGGAUAGACAUCCGAUGCGUCCGGCACAUAUCCAUUUCUUGCUCACGGCGCCUGGCUACAAGCCGAUUGUUACGCAAAUCUUCGACCGAACGAGCAAGUACAUUGAAGAUGACGCAGUCUUUGCAGUCAAGGAUUCGCUCAUUGUAGAUUUCAAGCCCUUUGACAAAGACCCCAAAGCAGACUUUGAGCUACCAUAUGACUUCAAGAUGGCGAGCUUUGAGGAUGCGUAG